AUGGAAGGAAUUGAACUCUGCUUCCCACAGCUCGUUAACACCUCCUGCAGGAGAUCAAAGCAUGCUCCCUCUAAUAUGUUGCUUCUUUCUGUUAUUCUCUCGGGUAUUGCUUUUCUCACUGUGAGUCUUAACCUGCUGGUCAUUGUUGCUAUUGUGCACUUCAGGCAGCUCCACACCUCUACAAAUAUUGUACUUCUCUCUCUGGGUUUCUCAGAUUGCCUUGUGGGUUUCCUCCUGAUCUUUCAAGUUUUGAUGAUAGACGGCUGCUGGUAUUUUGGCAACUUCCUAUGUGCACUGUAUUGUGUUUUAGAUUUAAUUGUUGUAUCUGCUUCAGUGGGAAACAUGGUGCUUGUUUCAAUUGAUCGCUAUAUAGCCAUAUGUGACCCUUUACAUUAUCCCACUAAAGUUACCCUAAAAAGAGCUCAAAUGUCUGUUUCUCUGUGUUGGACUUUUUCUUUCUUAUAUUCCACUGUGAUAUUAAGGGAAAACCUAGGACAGCCAAGCAGAUUUAGUUCCUGUACUGGAAACUGUUCAGUUGACAUUGGCCUUACUGGAAUUAUGGUUGAUCUUUUUUUGACUUUCCUCAUUCCAAUUACUGUCAUCAUAAUUCUGUAUAUUACAGUCUUUGUGGUGGCUUUGUCUCAUAUUCGGACCAUGCACUCCCAUGUUGCAGUCCGCACACAUCUGCAUUCAGGAAAAGGAAGACCUAAGAAAUCUGAAAUAAAAGCUGCCAGGACUCUUGGGGUUGUUAUAACUGUGUUUCUGCUUUGCCUUUGCCCAUAUUUCUGUGUCUCACUUUUGAGUGAAGAUGCCUUACUCAAUACGUUAUCAGGUGUAUAUGUUAUAUCAUUGUUUUACUUUAAUUCUUGUCUAAACCCUCUGAUAUAUGCCUUGUUCUACCCUUGGUUCAGAAAAUCUAUCCAAAUUAUUGUUACACUUAAAAUUCUCAAGUCUGGUUCCUCUAAUGCAAACUUACUGUCACCCUAAAUAAUGUAAAUAAAGAGUGCAUUGGAAAACUACUACUUCUCAUUUUUACCCAUAACAACAAAAUAUUGUCAUGCCUUUAUCUGAGCUUUUAUGUAAUAGACUAACAUGUAGUAGUGCAGAACUGUGAAGUGGAAUAGAAAUAAUACAGGGGAUUUGGUUACUGGAUUGAAUCUUUAUAGCACUUUUGUAGUCCCACUGACUACUCAGGGUGCUUUACAGUAGAUAAAAUAACGUUCGCUCCCUUGGCAUCUAGAAAAUUAUAUGAUAUAUCAAGCAGAUCCAAGUAGUUUGUCAGAACUGUUCUUGGCUUAUGGCAUGUUAUUGAUCUGCUGAAAGAAGGAGUACAUGCCUUAAGAGUUCACCUGGGAGAAAAGUCGCAUCUGGAGUCCAGUUCAUGGACACAGCUGCUGAAAGAUUGACAUAAAAUAUACAUUUGGUUUGGAUUGGUUAGAAUUCCCACAUAAAAAAUAAUGAUGUGACUGUAUAUAUGUGUAUUAGUAUAAUGCCAUUUCAUGGUGUUUUGAUGUGAGCAUGGAAA